AUGCAAAGUAUGUGAGAUUUUUUUAUUUUUUAUUUUGGAAUGGAAAAAAGGUUUUAGGAAGGUGGGUUGAUAGGGUAUGGGUUGUUUACUAGUGGAAUUUGGUAUAAAGAUGAGGUGAUGGUUUAGGUGAGAUGGAGGGUAUCUAUGGUCCGUCGUGAAAGGGCUGAAUUAAUAGGUUGGUUUAGGGAAUUAAGAAGAGAUUUGGGUUUGGAUUGAUUCCCCUUCUUGCUUCUUCAAGAACAGUAGCCCGUCCUUCCGAAGUAUUUGCUUUCGCCGUGAAACAAGUCUUCAUAUUGUCCAAUCGUUUCGUGAUCAAAUCGACUGCUUGUUGCAAUGUCAAUACACUCUCAUCUCCCAUCUUGAGGUUUUGUAGCCAUCCCACGAUUGCAAGUCAUCCAUCUUCUAGUGCUCAUGUGAUAGCAGGUUUAUGCAAAGUAUGUGAGAUUUUUUUAUUUUUUAUUUUGGAAUGGAAAAAAGGUUUUAGGAAGGUGGGUUGAUAGGGUAUGGGUUGUUUACUAGUGGAAUUUGGAAUAAAGAUGAGGUGAUGGUUUAGGUGAGAUGGAGAGUAUCUAUGGUCUGUCGUGAAAGGGCUGAAUUAAUAGGUUGGUUUAGGGAAUUAAGAAGAGAUUUGGGAUGAAUAUUUGGACAAAAAUUGUGAAAAUAAGAUGGCAAAGAGAAGAGACAAAAAAAAGUGAAAGAGAAAAAUCCCAAGCACAGAUCUUACUCUGACACCGAUUUAAUGCAAAGUAGAUUAAGGAAGAAACUAAUUGCAAUAGGAUUCAACAUACUGGAUUGAAGUUUGAACCACAGAACAGAAAAGAAUGUAAGACUAAGAGCUAGCCAAGAUCUCCAAAAUAGAAAAAAAUAAAAUCUUUAAACAAGGAAAUCUAAAUAAGCUUAUUUCCUAACAUAGAAUCUCUAAAAUAAGAAAACACAUAAGCAAGAAAAAUCUAAGUAAUAACAUAGAGAUAUGAAAGAAAAAUAAAUUUCUAGUACAGAGAUAUGAAAGAAAAGGAAACUAGAUAUGGGCUAGAAAAGGAAAGUGGGCCUUUUCUUGUGCACACGUGUGGAGCGUGUACAUGUGAGAUGUGGGGUGAUUGGAUCAAAAUGAGAGGAGAGUACUCUUGGCUACUUAUCGACAUAAAGACCAUAGUCCCAUUGCAUGUUAAAUAGAUCUCCAAUCACUUCUGUUAGAGGAUUGGCUAACAUUUCUUUCUUUCUUUGGUAGCUGCCAGCUAGAAUCUCUUCAUGCCUGGUGGCUUCUUUCAUACUGUAAUACUUACCUCAAUAUGCUUUCAUCCAGCAUUUAUAUGUGAUCUUUCAUUGCCUUCCGGAGAGCAUAAACUUCUAUCCUUGUAAGCAUCCUAUUAAUUUAAGACCCUUCUCACAUUGGUGAAUAAAACAGAAUGCAAAUGGUUACCUAGCUGAAGAGCCAUGGAUUUUUGGAAGAACGUGACUGCAAUUCCAAUGGCUAAAAUUGAGACAAAAGCAAUGGAAAUGCAUUCUUUCACUCAUCCUCUCCAUCCUUGAAAGAGGAAAGUUGUCCUUGAGAUAAAGAAUGAACUCCUACUUUUUGUCAUAAGCCUUUUUGGUCAAUCUCGCAUAAGUUUAAGCCAUAUGAAGAGAUCCAGCAAUAAGGAGCGCAGAAGGAUGAGAAGAAAUGAUGAGAAGAAAGAAGCUGAACAAGUUCAAAAAGAAACGACGCCAAAGGACUUGGAAGAGAUCCAACAAGAAAAUACCAACCUAGGUGAUAUGGAAGACUUCUUUGAAAUAACUACAUCCAAAAAGACAGAAAUUGUUGAAUAUAGACCUUGGCCAUACCUUCCAAUAGAUAUUCUAGAGUUGAUCGCAUUGCGUCUCUUUCGAUCUGAUUUUGUUCAUCUGACCUCCUCCUGUAAAAGUUGGCGAUCGAUUGCUCCACUGAGCCUGAUCACAGAACGGCAUCUCUCAUUGCUCACUAGCCGUGGCUUGCCAUUUCUCAGAAAUCACUCGCCAUGGCUCAUGUAUUUCAGGAAAGACGAUGGCAUGUGCAACUUCUUGGAUCCUUUGUACAAUGAGAGAUAUUUCAUCAAUAUCCCAGAGCUCUCUGGUUCAACAAAUUGUUUUUGCAAGGAUGGUUGGGUAUUCAUGCAUAGAGGCAACCACUCUGUGUUCCUUUUCAAUCCCUUUAUCAAAGCAAGGAUUGAACUCCCGGAUAUGAAUUAUGACCAAUUCAAUUGCAUCACCUUCUCAUCCACACCGACUUCUUCAGAUUCCAUAAUUAUUGCUCUUGAAUAUUAUGGUACUACUCUUCACAUAUACAUUUGUCGUCGUGGGGACACGUCUUGGACUGACUACCAUUUGCGUGGUAAUUUGCCAUUUGCGAUGUCUUACUCAAAUCCGGUUUUCAAGGAUGAGGUUUUCUAUGUCUUGGGACAUAAUGGGGUACUGGGGGUCUUUGAUCCAAAGCAAAUCACUUGGACUAUUCUUGCGAAGCCCAAGCCACUGAAAUUCUGCAACUGUCACUCAGUGCCCGAAUGUAAGUGGGAAUAUUAUUUGGUAGAAUCGAGAGGGGAGCUAUUAAUGGUGGUCAUCGGUUUUCUUGGGACUUCAAUUUAUGUUUUUAGACUGGAACCUUCAGAGAUGGAAUGGGUGAAGAUGGAAACCUUGGAAGAUAGAAUGCUAUUUGUAAGUCUCUGGACUUCUCUCUCCUCGACAGCGUUGGUGAAAGGGAUGGAAAAUAAGAUACAUUUUCCUGUAGUCAGCGGUGAAGAUUGUGUUUUCUACUCACUCAAAGACUGCAGAUGCUAUCCUAAUAGAGAUUUUUAUGAGUGUGAUGAAUAUAUCUAUAAUACCUGGAUUGAACCGAGGUGGUUUCAACCUUCAGCUGAAGAGCUUGAUUGGAGUCAAACAUUAGUAGGACAAGGGUCUCAACAGAGAUAAUUUUCUUUGAAAAUCAGUAUUAAUUAUUUAUCUUAUUUAAACUAUAAUUUCCUGGGAGGAAGAUGGAAAAAUAAAAAU